UUUCUAUACCACAAUAGGAAGAUGCGUAAUAAAAGCAGCAACAACGUAACCCCAUUUUGAGCCACGCUUUCACAGAAAAUUCUGGAGUUUAGUUUAGCCUUAAGUAACGUUCUCUUUCGUCGUCUCCCUCCCACUGACACAAUAAACUUAUAUCACUUUGUUCUCAACAUAUUCCAAGAAUCUUCUCUCUCUAAUCUGUGGCACAAGCCACAAACACAAAAGUUGCAUCAUCAGGAUCAGAGUCUUGUUGUUACUUUCCACAUCAACCACCAUGUGUGUGCAGGACGCAGAGCAAGAUCAUAUGGAUAACACCACAACCACUUCAUGGCCUUUGCAUUGCCACCUUUUGCUCACCACCCAGAUGGACAAAAAGGAUCUUUGCUUAGAACUUCAAGUGAUCACACCAUCACCAAUAUCAGUGUUCAAAAUUCCUUUCCUUUGGAAAGCAUAUGCGAGGACACGGUGGUUGCGGACAAGAAACAGAAUCUGAUGAAUUUUGUUCCAGCUCUUCGGUCUGGAGAGUGGUCAGAUAUUGGAGAACGCCCUUACAUGGAGGAUACCCACAUAUGCAUUGGAGAUUUGGCAAAGAAGUUUAAUUAUGAUGUACUUUCUGAGGAAGCCGUUUCCUUUUAUGGUGUAUUUGACGGACAUGGAGGGAAGAGUGCUGCACAAUUUGUCCGUGAUAAUCUGCCAAGAGUUAUUGUUGAGGAUGUUAAGUUUCCUUUGGAGCUUGAGAAGGUAGUCAAAAGGUCAUUUUUGGAGACUGAUGCUGCAUUUCUGAAAACAUCCUCUCAUGAGCCUUCCCUUUCUUCUGGUACAACUGCAUUAACUGCAAUUAUAUUUGGAAGGACCUUACUUGUAGCCAAUGCUGGAGAUUGCCGUGCAGUGUUGUCCCGCCAUGGAAGGGCUAUAGAAAUGUCAAAAGACCAUAGACCAAACUGCAACAAUGAAAGGAUGCGGGUCGAGUCCCUAGGUGGCUUCAUCGAUGAUGGUUAUUUGAAUGGCCAGUUAGCUGUUACUCGUGCACUUGGAGACUGGCACCUUGAAGGAAUGAAGGAAAUGAGUGAAAGAGGAGGACCACUGAGUGCUGAACCUGAGCUUAAAUUGAUGACAUUGACCAAAGAAGAUGAAUUCUUGGUAAUUGCUAGUGAUGGAAUAUGGGAUGUUUUCAGUAGCCAAAAUGCUGUGGAUUUUGCUAGAAGGAGGCUUCAAGAGCACAAUGAUGAGAAACUAUGCUGCAAGGAAAUAGUUCAGGAAGCAAUCAAGAGAGGAUCAACAGAUAACUUGACAGUUGUGAUGGUAUGUUUUAACUUAGAUCCUCCACCACCUGUGGUUGUGGAAAGAACCCGAGUAAGAAGAAGUAUAUCUGCAGAGGGACUUCAAAAUCUUAAAUGCCUGCUAAAAGAAUAAACCAUUUGUGUAUCCAGAAAAACAGCAUACCUGAUUUUUUAGAGCUGUAAUUAUGUACAGAUAUUCAACCAUCACACAUAAAUUAUCAAGUGAAGAUUGAGCUAGUCCUUGCCCUCAGAAAAUGAAGAAAGAACAAGGCGUCGUGCCAAAGUUCUAAUAAAAUUUAUAAAUUAUAAUUAUUUUUUCCCAAUGUGAUUCGGAAAGUGAGUGCAACUGAUUGGAGGAGAAAAAUAAUGUAAUGUGGGACGAUAUGAUUUGUACAUAUUGUAACAUUCUACUUUUAUUUUUCAUCGGUUAAUGUAAAUAAUUGAUAACUGA